AUGUCGACAUCUUCAAGUUUGACCAAAGAGUCGUAUUCAAACAUCCCAAGGGAUAGUCCAAUGAAAAGGCUUUCACCCUCCAGUGGAGUUUUCUCUAGGAACUCUAGACGUGGUGUAAAUAAUCGUCAUCCAAUGCGUAUAUUUGGUCGUUAUAUGAUGGCAAGUGCUCUUAUGCUCGUACUUUCUACGGGUUUGGAUAUAUUGUUGGUCGUUAACAUCAUUAUUCAAUAUCGGACGAUGACAAUUAAAAAUAUUCCUCAGUUUAUUUGGAAAGGUGCAUGUAUUGCCAUUUCUAUUUUGCUAAUUUAUGGGUUGAAUAAAUUUAAUCUCUGGUUUUACAGAAAACUGUCUGCUCGCUCAAGCAAUUUUUAUUCAAGCCUGGGAAUACAGCACGGAUAUGAAAUGAGUAACCUUUGA